AUGGAGCCGCGGCUGGUGGGGCCCGGGCCGUACCGCGCCACCCGCCUGUGGAACGAGAUAAUCGAGCUCUUCCGUGCUGGGAUGCCCUUACGGAAGCAUCGCUGUCGUUUCAAGAGCUACGAGCGAUGCUUCAAAGCCUCGGAGGCAGUGGAAUGUUUGCAUGAGCUGCUUGGCUCUAACCAAAAUUUUGGCCCAGAAGUGACUCGCGAUCAAACGGUUAAGCUGCUUAAAAAAUUUCUGAAAAAUCAUGUAAUCGAAGAUAUUAAAGGAAGGUGGGGCAAAGAGGACUUUGAAGACGAUGGCCGUUUAUAUAGAUUUCCUCCUUCCUCGCCACUGAAGUCAUACCCAAAGAAACCUUCAUGUGGAAAGGAAGUAAUUAAAUUUCCAGACUGGAAUGAACCAAGGGCUGGCCCUUCUCAAGAGCCCAUCCCAGUGAAAUCCGUCGCAAUGAACUCUGAGAUGUGGUACAAGCGACACAGCAUAGCUAUCGGGGAAGUACCAGCAUGCAAACUUGUGUUCCGUAGAGAACUAACACAAACAAAUAUAGAAGAGAUAUGGAAAUCCAUGACUUUAUCACGAUUACAAAAGGUGUUGGGUUUGGAUUCUCUGGAUGAAGUGUUAGACACAAAACUUGUGAAUUCAAAACAUAUAGUUCAAAAUGUAUAUAAUGUCAAUAAGCAAGGCAUUGUCACUUUAGAGGACAAAUCAAAGGAACUACCUCAUUGGAUAUUAUCUGCAAUGAAAUGUCUAGUAAAUUGGCCCAGCUGUUCAGAUCUGAAGCAGCCUACGUACUCAGGCUUUGAAAGAGAUGUCUUCAAAACGAUAGUGGACUACUUUAGCCAGAUGAAAGAGCCUCUUCUCACAUUUAAUUUUUUUGAUGUUUUUGUUAGUGUGUUAGGACUGCUGCAAAAACCUAGCAAGGCUGUAGAAGCUCUUCAGAUAUCUUGCCUCCUACUUCCGCCAGAAAAUAGGAAAAGACUACAGCUUUUGGUGAGAAUGAUGGCAAGAAUUAGUCUAAACCAGGAUUUGCCACGUCUUUCUGAAUCAGUGAGGACCAGAACUUUGAUGGUUCAGGCAUUUUCCCGUUGUAUUCUCUGCUCAAAGGAUGAAAUAGACUUGGAUGAACUUCUUGCUGCUAAACUAGUAUCUUUUCUCAUGAAUAAUUAUCAAGAGAUCUUAAGUGUUCCUUCUGCUUUAAAGUCUUCCAUAGAGGAUCAUGUUGCACAUCUCCAGAGAGUCCAAAUAAAAUAUGCUGGGGCUGAUAGUGAUGCAACACUUCCUCCUCCAUCAUUUUGUCACCAAAUCACUACAGGUGAAUUUGAAUACCAAAGGGCAACUGGCUCUCAAGAACCACUGGCAGCUUUGUUGGAAGAAAUUGUAAUGAAUAAAGAAAUGUCUUUGAAGGAUAAAAAGAAGAAGCUCAAGCAAUUUCAGAAAUCUUACCCUGAAGUGUACAGAGUACGAUUUCCUAGCCCUGAAACUGAAGCGACGCUAUUUCCUGAAAAAACUAAACAGAAACCACCAAUACUGAUGUGGGCCUUAAAAAAGCCUUUUCAGCCGUUUCAUAGAACCAGAAGCUUUCGGAUGUAA